AUGCUCCGUGCUAUCAACAUUUACGGUGAAAGGGUCUCGGUCGACGUGGAGGCUAUGAGUAAACCUCUGCCUGAUGUAAAGAAAGUCAUUGCAGAGUACGCGCUGUGUGAUGUUUACAACAUGGAUGAUACCGGUUAUACUACAGAAUGA